CAGCAGGAGAGUAGCAACUGAAUCUGUUUUUAAUCACCAUUGCGUCUCUAGUGCCUACAAAUAAACUUGGUGUUCGAGCCCAGACCAAUCAUGGCUGGACGACCCCUCCGCAUAGGAGACCAGGUGGUUCUGGAGGAAGAUUAUGAUGAGACCUACAUUCCCAGCGAGCAAGAGAUUCUUGAAUUUGCUAGAGAGAUUGGUAUUGAUCCCAUCAAGGAGCCAGAACUGAUGUGGCUGGCGCGGGAGGGCAUCGUGGCCCCACUGCCUGCGGAGUGGAAACCAUGCCAGCACAUCACAGGUGAUAUUUACUAUUUCAACUUUGCCAACGGGCAGUCCAUGUGGGACCAUCCGUGUGAUGAGCACUAUCGGAACUUGGUCAUCCAAGAGCGGGGGAAGCUGUCAGCUACUGGGGCCAUUAAGAAGAAAAACAAGAAAAAGAAAAAGGAAAAGGAAAAGAAAGACAAGAAGGACAAAGAGACCUCCAAAAGUCCCCUGGCCCUGGGUUCCUCGCUAGCCCCGGUCUAUGUUCCUCUUGGGGGUCUGGCUCCUUUAAGAGGCCUUGUGGAUACCCCGCCAUCUGCUCUUCGUGGAUCUCAAAGGGUGAGCCUGGGGAGCUCAGUGGAGUCUGGUCAGCUCGGUGAACUCACUGUGCCUUCACAGGGUCUCAAGACUUCUGCUUAUACAAAGGGUCUUUUGGGUUCCAUCCACGAGGAUAAGAAUGCACUUAGCCUCUUGGCUUUAGGGGAGGAGACCAAGGAGGAGGAUGAAGAGGAGAGUAAUAACCAGAGUGCCUGCAGCUCAAGUGAGCUUCUUAAGAAACUGCACCUGGACAUUGGGGCACUGGGGGGUGACUUUGAGUAUGAGGAGUCUCCGAGAACAAGCCAGCCAGAGGAGAAGAAGGACAUUUCUCUCAAUUCAUAUGUUGUUGGCCCCUCUACUCCUGGCCAGUUCUUCAGCCAGAAUGAAGACAGCAGCCUGAGCAGUACCGAAGGCAAAGGGCGACAGGGAAGAGGGGUGAGUCCCUGGUUCCUAGAAGAAGAGAAUGGGAAGAGUGAUCCUGGGGCUUCCAGGAGGCUGAUGCCCCCUAGGGUGGACCCUGGCAGUGAUGAGCCUGCCAAAGCUUCUAAAACAGAGGCACCAGAAGACCUGGAAAAUGUAGGAGAGGAGGUUUCCAGAAAGGAAGAGGCAGCAAAGGAACCAAAGAAGGAGGCUUCUGCCCAGAAGGAGAGCAAAUCAGAUGCCAGUGAAGAGUCGGAGAUUGGUGAACAUGUCAAAGAACCACAGCUCUCAGACACCAUGGCUUCUGACCCCAAAUCCUUCCUUGGCCUGGACUUUGGUUUUCGCAGCCGGAAUUUGGAGCACCUGGAUGUUGAUGUGCUUUCCCCAGUCCUGGAUGGAGCCCAUUGGGAGGCCCAGAGGUUAGGAAUACAAGACAAGGAUGACAGCCAGUCCAGCCAAGAUGAGCUGCACAGCAAGGAGUCCAAAGCCUCGGAGAGGUUAUCUCCUCCACUUAUGCACGGGGAGCAGCUCCAGAUUCCCCUUCAUAGCUGGACCACUGAAGAAGGGUCUCUGCCAGCCCCUGAGGGGCAGCCUGAGCGGAGGGAAGCAGAGGAACCUGGGGAGGACUCUGUAACUAGCCCCACUCCGCCACUUUCUCUUGAGAGGGAGCAGGCUCCAAGCCCACCUGCCACCCACAGGAGGGGCAAGGAGCAGCAGUACCAGGCCGAGGAGCUGGGCCCAGGGCAGGAAGAGGCCAAGGAGCCUGAGGAGCCUGAGGAGAAGGUGGCGGUCAGCCCCACCCCACCAGUCUCUCCAGAGGUGCGAUCUACAGAGCCUGUGGCUCCCCCAGAGCAGCUCUCCAAGGCUGCACUAAAGGCCAUGGAAGAGGCAGUGGCCCAAGAACUUGAGCGAGACCAGAGGCGGCUGUUGGAAUCAAAGCGAGAGAAGAUGCAGCAACUGCGGGAGAAGCUGUGGCAAGAGGAAGAAGAGGAGAUCCGGCAGCUUCACCAGCAGAAAGAGAAGUCUCUCAGUUCCCUGAAGGAGCAGCUGCAGAAAGCCACCAAGGAGGAGGAGGCUCGGAUGAGAGAAGAAGAAAGCCGGAAGCUGUCCCAACUGCGAGCCCAGGUCCAGUCCAGUGCAAAAGCAGAUGAGGACCAAAUCAGGGCUGAGCAAGAGGCUUCCCUGCAGAGGCUGAGAGAAGAGGUGGAGUCUCUACAGAAGGCCGAGAGGGCUGGCUUGGAGCAGAAAAACAGGCAAAUGCUGGAGCAGCUCAAGGAAGAGAUGGAGGCUUCAGAGAAGAGAGAGCAAGUUGCCCUGAACACCGAGAAGGAGAAGGCCUUGCAGCUGUUGAGGGAGCAGCUGGAGAGGGAGAGGAAAGAUGCGGUGGCAGGGCUGGAGAAGGAGCAUAGUGUCGAGCUGGAGCGGCUCCGUUCCUCACUGGAGGCCAAGCACCAGGAGGUGGCCAGCAGCCUUCAGAAGAAGAUAGAGGAGGCUCAAAAGAAAGAGGAGGCCCAGCUGCAGGAGCGCCUUGGGUGGGCAGAGCAGAGAGCUCACCAGAAGGUUCACCAAGUGAUGGAGUAUGAACAAGAGCUCAGCAGCCUCCUGCGAGAGAAGCGCCAGCAGGUGGAAAGGGAACACGAGAGGAUGAUGGACAAGAUGAAGGAGGAGCACCAGCAAGUGGUGGCUGCAGCCAGAGAGCAGUAUGAAGCGAAGGAGAGGAAGCAGCGGGCCGACCUCCUGGGGCACUUGACAGGAGAGCUGGAGCGCCUUCUAAGGGCCCAUGACCGGGAAUUGGAGACCGUGAGGCAGAAGCAGGACAAGCAGCUUGAGGACUUGCAUUGCCGGCACCAGGAGCAGGAGAGGAAGCUCCAGGAUUUAGAGGUGGAACUUGAAGCCAGAACUAAAGAUGUCAAGACCAGAUUGGCUCAGCUGGAUGUCCAGGAGGAGACUGCCCGGAAGGAGAAACAGCAGCUGCUUGAUGUGCAGAGGCAGGUUGCUCUGGAGAGUGAGGAAGUCACAGCCACCCAUCAGCACCUGGAGGAGGCAAAGAAGGAGCACGCGCACCUGCUGGAGUCAAACCGGCAGCUCCGAAGAGUUCUGGAGGAGCUUCGCACCCACAAGUUGGAGUUGGAGUCCCAGGUGGAUCUGCUGCAGAUGCAGAGUCAGAGACUGCAGAGACAUGUCAGUGGCCUGGAGGCUGAAGCUCAGAGGAAGCAGGACAUGUUGAAGGAGUUGGCAGUUGAGGAGAGUCAUGCUUCCCCACAUUUUGAGCCAGAUCUCCACAUUGAGGACCUGAGGAAAUCUCUUGGGACAAACCAGACCAAAGAGGUGCCCCCUUCUCUCUCCCAGAACAAGGAAGACACUGACUUGUCCUUGAACAGCGUCCGGCACUACCUCUCUGCCGAGGGGAUAGCCCUUCGUAGUGCCAAGGAGUUCUUGGUGCGGCAGACACACUCCAUGCGCAGGCGGCAGACAGCUCUAAAAGCCGCCCAGCAGCACUGGCGCCAUGAGCUGACCAGUGCUAAGGAGGUGGCCAAAGACCUGCUGGGCGCUGAGGCCCUGGAAGAUGUGCGCAAGAAUCUGGAGGAGGAGACCAGGCACCUGGAUGAGAUGAAGUCGGCCAUGCGGAAAGGCCAUGACCUCCUGAAAAAGAAAGAGGAGAAGCUGAAUCAGCUGGAGUCUUCUCUUCGGGAAGAGGCCUCAGAGGAGGACACUCUGAAAAGAGCCCCCACCAAGAAGGUGGUGACCUUUGACCUCAGUGACACGGAAGACAUGAGCAGUGAGAGUUCUGAAUCUUGCCCCCUGCCUCACAUCAACCUGGCCCCAAGUUCCACCUUCCCCAACAAGAUCCAUUACUUGAGCAGCUCCCUGCAGCAGAUCAGCAGCCAGCUGAACAGUGUCCUCAGCAUGCUGGGCAGCCUCAACACUCAGCCGCCACCGCCGCUCUUCGCUUCCACACCUUCUCAGUUCUCUCCCUGGACCUCCAAGAGCACCCCUGCUCCCACCUACUCCUCCCAGGCCUCAUCCCUCUUCACACCUGUGUCCACCCAGUGGGCCUGGGACCCGGGGCUGGACCCCAGGUUCUCCUUGGCGGCUCAAACAGUGGAUGACUUCCUGCUGGAGAAGUGGCGCAAGUAUUUUCCAUCUGGCAUCCCAUUGCUCAACGGCAGCCCUUCCCCCCUGGAGAAUAGGCUAGGCUAUGUGUCUGCCAGUGAGCAGCUCCGCCUCCUGCAGCGCCCCCAUCCCCAAGUCCCUGAAGUGGGCAGCACCAACUUUCAGAGCAUGGUCGAGGCUAACCGGAAGUGGCUAGAACAUUUCAAGAAUGACCCCAAGUCAUAUUUCUUCUCCUCAGUGCCCAAACCAACAGCCACGUCAGACCUACUCCAGCUGGGCCUGGAUGAGAACAACAGGCUGAAGGUGUAUCACUACUGAGGCUCAAGUGUGGGCUUUGAGGCAGCCUGGGCCCCUCUUCCACCCAGACCAAGUGCCUGAGGAGCUGCCUGUACUUUAUUUCCUCUGAUAGAGCAGUCUCCUGUCCCCUUUGCUGCUUGCCCCACUCAAGACUUGGAGGGACCAUGGGGGGCUGGGGGUGGGGCGGGUGAAAAGGAUGGGGAGACUGGAAACAGUAAUCCACACAGUGUGACCUCGUAAUGUAUGGGACUGAACUGUAUGGACUUCCUGUGAUCUCCUGCGUCAACGUGGCAACACCAAUGAUGUGCGGCAGCCGAAGGGGAUCAGGGUCGCAGGCACCUUUGGAAAGAAGGGUGGGAUUCGGGGAGCUGCCUUCAGAGGCCAGGGGAAUCCCUUUGGAGUGGAGUUGGUCCUUAGACCUACAGGGCUCUGUUUGGGGCUCCCAGGAAGGUUAGGUGUAUGGUUCCUAAUUCACCAGGAGAAAGCCCCCUGGAAUGUCUGUACCCAGGGCCAGGCUCUUCUGGGCUCACAGCUGUCUCUUCAAUACCUCAUCCUUGUAGAGAUCAGACCCUUUCUAUUUUCUCUCCUUUUUUUUUUUGGUCCUUCUUGAACAUUCCAUCUCUCCUUUUGACUAUCUCAAGAUUGGGUGCAGCUGCCCAGAGCCCUGCUGAGGUUGCUGGAGGCUGGGCCCUGGGAUGUUUUGUCACCUUUCUUCCCUCUGGCGUCACUGUGCUUUCCUUGGGGGCUGUGCUCAGGAACGCCCCCCUCUCUCCUGGGGCUCCUCUCCAGAACCCAGCUAGUCUCAGGUCUCAAGCACAGAAUUUCUCCAGGAAGCCAAAAAGCCACAGGAAAAGACUGGGAUGGCUUCUGGUCCUCAUCUUGGUUUUCCUCUUCCUGGAACAACUUGUGUAUAUUCAUGGAUCCUUGUUUCCGUCUGUCUUUUCUACCUGUGCCAGCUCCUGCCCCUGACCCCACUGCUGCCUCCUCCUGGAGCUUGGUGGGUGAGGGGCUGGGCCAGUGCUUGGCCCCGGUGGUAAAGGGACCGUGUGCCAGUUGGAGCUGCUGCCAUUCUGGCACCGCUUCCUGCAGCCCCACAUCCCAUCAGCAGGCUCCUGGCGGGGGGUGUGGGGGGAGGGAGGGGGGAGAGCAGGGGAUGUUCUCUAACAUCUGUCCCAUUGUUUAAAUAAAAUGCCCCCAUUUUUUUUUUUUUAUCUUGAGAGCUUGCCUCCCCAACACAUAGAACCCAACUCUCAGUGUCCCACCACUCAUUUUUUUUUUGUCAUGGAAUAAGAAACUAAAAUCCAAUUGCCUUCUUUUUUUAGGCAUCAGUGUACCGCACAGACAAAGUCCAUUUUGUUGUUUUGGCUCAUUCUGUGUGCUUUGGGAAUAGCUCAUGUGAUACGACCAACUCUGAUGACAAUCCUGUGUUUUAUGCAUCAAUUAAAUCUCUGCAGGUCUGUUUUCUACAAGGCA